GCCCGGCCUGCUCCUCGCCAUCUCUAGGGUUUGAGAUUUUACAGCCGCCGCCGCCGCCGCAGCACCUCACGUCCGUUGAGAAGUCGCAGCCGACAUAGUCCUCUCCGGAUCCGAUGGCCGUGACUUUCUCCGACCUCCACACCGGCGAAGGCCUCAAGGCGCUCGAGUCGCACCUCGCCGGCAAGACCUACGUCUCCGGGGAUGUGAUCAGCAAGGACGACAUUAAGGUGUUCGCGGCUGUGCCGUCGAAGCCUGGUGCUGAGUUCCCCAAUGCUGCGCGAUGGUACGAGACCGUCGCCGCGGCUGUAGCCUCCAGAUUCCCUGGCAAGGGUGUUGGUGUGAAUCUGCCUGGAGCGGGAUCGGCUCCUGCAGCAGCUGCCCCUGCGGCCGACACUGCCAAGGAUGAUGAUGAUGAUGACCUGGAUCUUUUCGGUGAUGAAACCGAGGAGGACAAGAAGGCUGCAGAUGAGCGUGCGGCUGCCAAGGCCUCCGCCAAGAAGAAAGAAAGUGGCAAGUCCUCUGUCCUGAUGGACGUGAAGCCGUGGGAUGAUGAAACUGACAUGAAGAAGCUUGAGGAGGCUGUUCGCAGUGUCCAGAUGGAGGGUCUCACUUGGGGAGCUUCAAAGCUUGUGCCUGUGGGUUAUGGUAUCAAGAAGAUGACAAUCAUGUUGACCAUUGUGGAUGACCUCGUGUCUGUUGACAGUCUGAUUGAGGACCACCUCCAAGAGGCGCCCAUCAACGAGUACGUCCAGAGCUGUGAUAUUGUUGCCUUCAACAAGAUCUAGAAUCCCAAUUAUUGGGCACUACAUCUGCUGCUGGGGUGUUGGAACUGGAUUGGUUAUGAUGGCAAGCGCUUAAGUUUCUCGUGGGAUGCGUGAUCUUACCCCUUUUAGUUACUCUGCUAUAGAAAUGGUCAAUCCGAGUCUAUUGUUCAGUGCUGCCAGGUUUUUGAAUGUCUGUUUAUCUUGAAUAGUUGAACUGCUGGGUGGUGAAACAUAUGCUGUGUCUAAAUUACACCAGUUUUCUUUGCAAUGCUAGUUUUGAACGAGGAUGAGAAACGUGUUUUCUGAUA